AUUUUACACAUCUCUUUUUCGUUCGUAGCAGUUCAAAAUUAUACCGUUUACUCAGUUAAUUCCUCCUUCCUAAAAUGAGUGGAAUUUUCUUAAAAUAUCUGCCCAGAAAGCAGUUGCUUCAUCAAUCACUAAACUUUGCGCGGGGAAUGGCCAAAAAGAAGGACCAAAGCCAGGGCACCGAAAAGGGCAAGAAGACCUGUGCCAAGAAUCAGUUCUUUGGCGGCUGCUUUAAGAAGUCUGAGCCUUUUAGGCGGGAGAACAAGAAGGAGAAGAGCAAACGCUGUCGGGAUCCUUGCAAAGAUGGACCUUGUCGCCCAGAGAAGUGAAAACUGCAAUUACAAUUCCCGUCACUCUAGCUUCGUUUAGUUUCCAUUUCCAAGGAAAUUCGCUUUGGGCAAUGGCGGCGUUGAAAAGAAUAUGCCAAUACUGAUUUCUCCAGAAAAAUUCAGUAAAGUAAUAAAGGGACUUACAUUAAGCUUA